GAGGAGGAGGAGGAGGAGGAGGAGGGUUCCGUGCUCGGGUGACAGGCCCGUCCCUGAGGGCGGAGCGGCGGCGUGAGGGCUCCCCGGCGCAGCUCCGUGUCCCCCCCCCCUGCGCCCGGCCCCUGUGAGGGGAGGCAGCGGAGCCGCCGCUCGGUCCCAGCGCCGCCAGCCCUCCUCCCCCCCAGCCAUGUCCGGCCAAAGCCUCACCGACCGCAUCACGGCGGCUCAGCACAGCGUGACCGGCUCGGCCGUCUCGAAAACCGUCUGCAAGGCCACGACCCACGAGGUGAUGGGGCCCAAGAAGAAGCACUUGGACUAUUUAAUCCAGUGCACAAAUGAGAUGAAUGUGAACAUCCCACAGCUGGCGGACAGUUUGUUUGAAAGAACGACCAACAGUAGCUGGGUAGUGGUCUUCAAAUCUCUCAUCACAACCCAUCAUCUAAUGGUGUAUGGAAAUGAGCGUUUUAUCCAGUAUCUGGCGUCCAGAAACACAUUGUUUAAUUUGAGCAAUUUCCUAGACAAAAGUGGAUUACAAGGGUAUGACAUGUCAACAUUUAUCAGGCGGUAUAGCAGGUAUCUGAAUGAAAAGGCAGUUUCCUAUAGACAGGUGGCUUUUGACUUCACAAAAGUAAAAAGAGGGGCUGACGGAGUGAUGAGAACAAUGAGCACAGAAAAACUCCUAAAAACUGUACCAAUUAUACAAAAUCAAAUGGAUGCACUUCUUGACUUCAAUGUCAAUAGCAAUGAACUUACAAAUGGUGUAAUUAACGCUGCCUUCAUGCUUCUCUUCAAAGAUGCCAUUAGACUGUUUGCUGCAUAUAACGAAGGGAUUAUUAACCUCUUGGAAAAAUACUUUGAUAUGAAAAAGAACCAGUGCAAAGAAGGUCUUGAUAUAUAUAAGAAGUUUCUCACUAGAAUGACACGGAUUUCGGAGUUCCUCAAAGUUGCAGAGCAAGUUGGAAUUGACAGAGGAGACAUACCAGAUCUUUCACAGGCACCAAGUAGCCUUCUUGAUGCUUUGGAGCAGCAUUUAGCUUCUCUAGAAGGAAAGAAAAUCAAAGACUCCACAGCUGCAAGCAGGGCUACCACCCUUUCCAAUGCAGUUUCUUCCCUUGCAAGCACCGGCCUGUCUCUGACAAAAGUUGAUGAAAGGGAAAAACAAGCUGCAUUAGAGGAGGAACAGGCUCGCUUGAAAGCUUUAAAGGAGCAACGUCUAAAAGAACUUGCAAAGAAACCUCAUACCUCUUUAACAACUGCAGCUUCUCCCGUGUCGACUGCAGCAGGAAGCAUAAUGACUACACCAGCCAUUGAUAUUUUUUCUACCCCUAGCUCUUCAAACAGCACUUCAAAACUGCCAAAUGAUCUGCUUGAUUUGCAGCCAACGUUUCAUCCAUCUGUACAUCCAAUAUCUGCUGCUCCACAAGUAGGAAGUACCUGGGGAGGGUUCACUCCGUCCCCUGUUGCUCAACCACAGCCAUCAGCUGGCCUUAAUGUUGACUUCGAGUCUGUGUUUGGAAACAAAUCUUCUAAUGUUGUCCUAGAUUCUGGUGGCUUUGAUGAAUUAGGUGGUCUCCUAAAACCAACAGUGGCCUCCCAAAACCAGAGUCUUCCAGUUGCCAAAGUACCACCUAACAAGUUAGUGUCAGAUGAUCUGGAUUCAUCUUUAGCCAACCUUGUAGGCAAUUUGGGCAUUGGAAAUGGAACUGCUAAAAAUGAUGUAAACUGGACUCAGCCAGGUGAAAAGAAACUAACAGGCGGUUCCAACUGGCAACCCAAGAUUGCACCUACAACUGCGUGGAACGCUCCGACGUUGAAUGGCAUGCAUUUUCCACAAUACGCACCACCCGUCAUGGCGUACCCUGCCACAACACCGACAGGAAUGAUGGGCUACGGGAUGCCAUCACAGAUGGGAGGUAUACCAGUAAUGACACAGCCAACUUUAAUAUACAGUCAGCCCGUCAUGAGACCACCAAACCCUUUCGGCCCUGUACCAGGAGCACAGAUUCAGUUUAUGUAACUGGGUUAGAUGGAAGAGAAAGAACGUUUCCAAAAAGAUGUGCUCACCAGUAAGCCCCCACUCCAGGAAAAACCGAACUUCAGUCUGUCAGACUCUCCUCUUCCACUAAGUGAUGCCGUGACACGAUGAAGACCAAUGAAGGAACCUGGGACAACUCCAUCGGAAAGCAUCGAUACGCAACACAAAGCCAAGAAUUGACAUCAAUAAAGACUGAGAUCUGUUCUUUCGUCCUGGUGACUAACACGUCAAUACUUUCAGCUUCUAAUACUAUCCAUAAUCGAUAACGUACAAAGAGAAGCCUUUAUUCUGGAAAUUGAGAUUGGUGUUUGGAAAUGCUGUCUGGAAUGGAGAUGUCCUUUACCGUAACUCAAAACAAGACUCCGGGGAGGGGAGGGUCAAAUCCUAACUCUUAAUUCUGCAGUUACCUUUUCUUCAGUCCUCACAAAUGUAGGCACAGCAGUAAUGGAAAUUAACUUUUUUUAAAAAAAAAUUAUAUAUUCAGUUUGCAGUAGACAUUCCUUAUGUAUUAUUGUUUGUAUUUAUUUAUGAUUAUCAAUUUAACAUUAAUAUUGUAUCAAAAAAAACUCCUUAUGAAAAUGAGUAUGGAUGUAUACAGUAUGUCUGAUUUUUAUCCACAAAGAAUGAAUCUGAUUCAGAAUGCUUUUCAGCUGACAUACAGAGCACUAAAUAUUUUAAAGGUCUGAAUCUAAUGAAUUCUCAGUAUAUAUGGGAAUUAGGGAAGAGCUGUAAAAUGCAUUAAUCCUUAUAGUCAAUUCUGUGCCUAGGAUUUUGCAAGGGAACAGUUAACUGACUAGGAGAAGCACUACAUUUUUAAUUCAGCAUUAGUGCAUUGGGAAGGAACUUUAUUGCUUUGUGCUUGGCAUGUCAUUAUUUUUACAUUUGACAUUAUAAGGCCUUUCCAAAAUGAAUGUGAGGAAUUGCUUUCACUUUAAGACUUUCCUUCUCUUCUGUAAAAAAAAUAAAUAAAUAAAUUGAGGUAUCGUGAGUUGGGGGGGAAGCCUUUUCAUUUGGCUAGUGCCAUGUUUCUGAUCACGUACCUUUUAAGAGUUAAAAGCGGGAAGUAGCUUCCUUACAUACGUCUAAUGGGAAUUUAGAUAAUGAAGAAUUAAAGCAGCACUGUUGAUCGGUGCUUUGUGUAAAUACAUCAUUACUUCUGGGUGGAGAGGGGCCUUCAGAAGGAUAGUCAGUGAUAUGAAAGCAAUUCUGUACAUGAAUUAAAGCAUACUUGCUGCAUUGUCUCUGCAGAUUCUAUUUUUGUUUAAAAUAUUAAAAUGUAUGUUAGCAAAGAUGGGUGGAUUUUCAAAUAAAAUGCAGCUUCCACAGAAUUUUGUUACGGUA